CCAACGCCUAGCCUUUAGGAGGUAUUUGUUAACAGUGGGAACUGAGAGUCCAGCCUGCUCUGGCCUUGGGGCAGGAGGGGCUCCCCAAGGAGGGGCCACCAAGGCCCAGUGCUUCACAGAGGGGCAGAGGCAGCGGCGACCAUAGGCAGCGUGGCCUCAGGUGGAAGCCUGGAUUUGAUGACCAAUUGGAUGGGAGUGGACGAAGAGAUAAGAAGAAUGAGAUCUGGUGUAUCCUCCUCCCCAUAAUGAGAAUAGUUCUGCUCCAAUCAGCCAGAAUGAACCUCAUGGACAUCACCAAGAUCUUCUCCCUCCUGCAGCCUGACAAAGAUGAGGAGGAUACUGACACAGGGGAGAAGCAGGCUCUCAAUCAAGCAGUGUACAACAACGACUCCUAUGCCUUGGACCAGCUUUUGAGCCAGGAGCGUUACAAACGUUUCAUCAACAGUAGGAGUGGCUGGGGCGUUCCUGGGACACCCUUGCGCUUGGCUGCUUCUUAUGGCCACCUUAGUUGUUUGCAGGUCCUCCUGGCACAUGGCGCUGACGUUGACAGCUUAGAUGUCAAGGCCCAGACACCACUUUUUACCGCCGUCAGCCAUGGCCAUCUGGAUUGCGUGCGUGUGCUUUUGGAAGCUGGUGCCUGUCCGGGUGGUAGCGUCUACAACAACUGCUCUCCCGUGCUCACAGCUGCACGUGAUGGUGCUGUUGCCAUCUUGCAGGAGCUCCUAGGCCACGGUGCAGAUGCCAAUGUCAAAGCUAAACUACCAGUCUGGGCAUCAAACAUAGCUUCAUGUUCUGGCCCCCUCUAUUUGGCUGCAGUCUAUGGGCACCUUGACUGUUUCCGCCUGCUUUUGCUCCAUGGGGCGGACCCCAACUACAACUGCACUGACCAGCGCCUAUUAGCUCAUGUCCCACGGCCUCGCACCCUCCUUGAAAUUUGCCUCCACCAUAAUUGUGAUCCAGAGUACAUCCAGCUGUUAAUUGAUUUUGGUGCUAACAUCUACCUUCCAUCUAUCCCCCUGGACCUGAACUCACAAGAUGAUAAAGGCACUGCGUUGCUGCUACAGGCCCGAGCCACUCCACGGUCACUACUGUCACAGGCCCGUUUAGUUAUCUGCAGAGCCCUGCGCCAGACCAGCCGGCCACAAGCCAUCGACAAGCUGGAUAUUCCCCCUGUGUUGAUUAGCUACCUUAAACACCAAUUGUAAACUUUCAGUCUACCCAAACCCACAAUGCUUCCAAAAACCACCUGGGGAUCCAGGUAGCUGGAGGGCACCAUAGAGAUCUACCCACUCACUUGGAGCUGCUUUCCUGUAUUAUCCUCCACAAUAAAAUCAACAAAAUCA